AUGUCCGUCGGGCUUGGCGGCUGGGGCCCCGACUCGCGACCCGUCACCUGCGACUGCAGCCGGCCGAAGGGCGAUGCGCGUCUGGCGGCGCGUGACCUUGGCUGCACGAAGCAACCAGCGGACGAGGCGCUGAAGCGGCGCGACGUGGACUCGACGCAGUUCGCGCGGCUGCGGCUGGCCUACGAGACGCUGAGCGACCCCGAGAGGCGCGCGGUCUACGACGCCAAGCUGCUGGAAGCCUCGCAGCCGCAGCAGUCGCAGCCGAUCAGCGCAAGUACAUCUGCACACACGGCUGGAAGGAGCGUGCUGGGAAGAGGACGCAUCGUCAUGAAGCGCGAAGUCUACAGCCAUAACCACCCCAUUUCCGACGUCGACGCCGACGCUGGGACUUCAAGCGUCUACAACUACAUUCGGGAGAACGCCAACCACCGCGUCACAAUGGACGACGUUCGAAACCUGCUAUCGGACGACGACGCAGUGGUGGAGAUGUUCGUGAAUUUCAACUUGGAGUCGCCACUAAACGUGUCCUCGGUGCAUGAGAACGCGCACGGCGAGGCUGGCGUGAUAUCCUUCACGAGCGGUCAUGUGCGCGCUAUGCUGGACAGAUUCCCAGAAGUGAUUCAAAUGGACUGCACGCAUCAGACCAACCAAUAUAACUACCAGCUUCUCACGAUGCGACUGGCACAUGGCGAAGUGCAUCGCCGAGCACAGCAGGCAUUCGGCCGUAUCAGUAGAGAGCUCGCGCAGGUUCCGGACGAAGUGUUCGAGUCUGCAAUGAGCGACCUUGACAAGUGGUGGUACAAUCUGAGGCAUGGUAAGACGGAUCUCCUGCCGCCCCCAUCCUCUGGUGACGAUGGCUCAGGCAGUGGUGGUGGUGGUGGGAACGAUGGUGGCGCUCCGGGUGGGAGUGCGUCCCAGGGAGAGGACCCGCAAGAAGAUCAUCACGAUGACAAUGCCGAAGAAGGGAACAUGCAGGACGAAGACGGAUCUGACGAUGAGGCACCGACGCAGGUUGUUCACGCGGGCUAA